AUGGAUGACCAGAAUUAUAUUAUUUUCCUAGCUUCUCCUUACUUUUGCAGGCAACUAGCUAGACUACUAGCCAGGCUACUAGCUAGGCAACUAGCUAGACUACUAGCCAGGCUACUAGCUAGGCAACUAGCUAGACUACUAGCCAGGCUACUAGCUAGGCAACUAGCUAGACUACUAGCCAGGCUACUAGCUAGGCAACUAGCUAGACUACUAGCCAGGCUACUAGCUAGGCAACUAGCUAGACUACUAGCCAGGCUACUAGCUAGGCAACUAGCUAGACUACUAGCCAGGCUGCUAGCUAGGCAACUAGCUAGACUACUGGCCAGGCUACUAGCUAGGCAACUAGCUAGACUACUGGCCAGGCUACUAGCUAGGCAACUAGCUAGACUACUGGCCAGGCUACUAGCUAGGCAACUAGCUAGACUACUAGCCAGGCUACUAGCUAGGCAACUAGCUAGACUACUGGCCAGGCUACUAGCUAGGCAACUAGCUAGACUACUGGCCAGGCUACUAGCUAGGCAACUAGCUAGACUACUGGCCAGGCUACUAGCUAGGCAACUAGCUAGACUACUGGCCAGGCUACUAGCUAGGCAACUAGCUAGACUACUGGCCAGGCUACUAGCUAGGCAACUAGCUAGACUACUGGCCAGGCUACUAGCUAGGCAACUAGCUAGACUACUGGCCAGGCUACUAGCUAGGCAACUAGCUAGACUACUGGCCAGGCUACUAGCUAGGCAACUAGCUAGACUACUGGCCAGGCUACUAGCUAGGCAACUAGCUAGACUACUAGCCAGGCUACUAGCUAGGCAACUAGCUAGACUACUGGCCAGGCUACUAGCUAGGCAACUAGCUAGACUACUAGCCAGGCUACUAGCUAGGCAACUAGCUAGACUACUAGCCAGGCUACUAGCUAGGCAACUAGCAAGGCUGUUAGCUAGGCUGUUGACUAAACUCCCACAUCUGUGAUGGAGUUUAGUCUGCAAGGCUAAUAAUAUUCACCAACUAUAUUUUUAAAUUCAAUUGCUAUAUAAUUUGCUAACUGUACUUCAGUUCAAUCUGUAAGGUUGACCGCUGUAUAAAAAAUGUCGUACGAGAAAUCCUGGAGCCAUAGGCCGAGAGGCUACGCGAGGUUUUUUAUUAGGCAACUAGCUAGGCUGCUAGCUAGGCUACUAGCUAGGCAACUAGCUAGGCAAAUAG